GCGCUAGCACCAAUCAGCACACAAUACAGGGAUUCGCUUCCAUGCGCAGCCAAUGGGCGUUUGGAAACAGGGCGGGGCUUGACGUUACCACGGCACGGCCAACGUCAUGUAUAAAGGGAAUAACAUGGUGCUGUUGAGUGCAUGUUUACGUUAAGGGAGGACAACAGAAAGAGAUCUAAUAGCUUACGAAUUUAAUUGUAAAACGCCUUUUAUAGUCUAGUUUUUUUAAUUCACACUGUAUUUUGGUAUGUGAUUGCCUAACUACUCAUGCGCCGCUUGUCCCAAUGGAAAGGGGGUUUCAGUUUGGAAACGUGUGCACAUCCCUGCUGCUGCUGCUUGUUUUGGGAACGUUAACGGUUACUUUGAAAAGUCAGUUUCUCUCAGAGAGAGAACUCAAAGUGGCUCCGACGCCAAACACCGAGACGGAGAAACAUGCUGCCGUUAUGGAGCGGCCACUGGACAGCGUCGGAGGAGCCCCUGGCAUCGGAGAAGUGACCGUAGAGGACGACGAGUACGGCUCGACCGCGGAGAGCGAAGAGCCGUCUGGAGACAGCGACGCAAACUUCCACAAGCAGCGGAGGGUUCUGGUCAUCAUCAGCACACUGGAUGGGAGAAUCGCUGCUCUGGAUCCUCUAAACCAGGGACGCAAGCAGUGGGACCUAGAUGUGGGCUCAGGCUCUCUAGUGUCCUCUAGCCUCAGCAAACCAGAGAUUUUUGGGAACAAGAUGUUCAUUCCCUCUCUGGAUGGAGCUCUGUUUCAGUGGAACAGGGACAGGGAGAGUAUGGAGGCUGUUCCAUUCAGUGUUGAGUCCCUGCUGGACUCCUCGUACCGCAUCGGAGAGGACACUGUGAUUGUAGGGGGCAAGUCCCUCACCAUGUAUGGCCUUGGCGCAUACAGCGGCAAGUUGAAGUAUAUUUGUUCAGUGGUGGGCUGCAGUCGGUGGGGAGACGAGGAAGGAGAGCCAGAGGACGUACUGUUAUUCCAGAGAACACAGAAAACUGUCAGAGCCGUGAGGCCUCGCAACGGGUUUGAGAAAUGGAACUUCAGCGUGGGAAACUUUGAGCUAAAAUUCAUCCCAGAAAUUCAGUCCAACAUCAACUUUCUGGAGGGGGAGGCAUCUAAUGGGGAGACAUGGCGAGAGGUCAGACAUGAAGCACAACGCGUCAUCCAAGAGGAAACAGACGCACAAACCAAAAAUCAUGCUAAUACGCAUCCAAACUCGCACACUCAGGUAGAGGGCUUAGACCUGGUCAUUAAGGUUUCUGUGCCGGACUGGAAAGUCAUGGCCUUCAGCACCAAACCAGAAGGACAGCUGAUCUGGGAGCAUCAGUUUUGUACGCCCAUUGCCUCUGCAUGGUUGGUAGGAGGGGGGAAGGUGACACCCAUUAGCCUGUUCGAUGACAACUCUUAUAACUCCCACACUGAGACUGAAGCUCAGGAGGAUGAUGACAUCAUGGAGGAGGCCCGCGGGGCCACAGAGUCCAGCGUUUACCUGGCAAGGGCAUUAACUGCUAUUUAUUUUUACAGUACUGCUGACUGGCUGCUGAGCUCUCCUGACCACAUGGAGGCGUUCUCAGUCAAGGUUCCUGUGGCCACUCCUUCUCCAGUGGACUCCUCAUGCAUGUGUGCGGCUGGUGGGGACAUGAGCGUGUGCGUCGGGGAUCAAGUGUGUGUGGAGGGCCUGGGGCCGCACAGUAUGAUGUCAGAGCGUGACAGUCAGGCUGACCCAGACGCUGUCCUGGAGGUCUCAGAUUCCCCACACUCCUUUGAGCUCUGCCCUCCCCGCACAGUUACUCAUGGCGACUGCACUUCUUCCUCCUUCGAUAUCGUCUUCGAGGACUCAGGUUGUGAACACCAGGACAAUGACAGUGGCCUCAGCGGAAGUACACCAGUGCCACCUGCGUGCCUUUCACAGUCUGACCCCAAACCUCAGUGUAGUGUAUCAGCGGGACCUCCCGCUUCCUUACCUUCAAGGCCCACCUCUCUGAGCCUGGCCCCCAGCACCCCCUGUCCUGCCACGCGGCCCCCGCUCACACCUAAGGUCUACUUGUACAUUCAGAUGCAGCUGUGCAGGAAGGAGAACCUGAAGGACUGGAUGGCUCAGAGGUGUCUGCCUGAGCUCAGGGAACACGCUCAGUGCCUGGACAUCUUCCUACAGAUCGCAGAAGCUGUGGAUUUCCUGCAUAGCAAAGGGCUUAUGCACAGAGAUCUUAAGCCAUCUAAUAUCUUCUUCACAAUGGAUGACGUGGUGAAGGUGGGAGACUUUGGACUGGUCACUGCCAUGGAUCAGGAGGAAGAUGACGAGGAGCUGAGUACCCUCACACCAAUGCCAGUCUAUGCCCGUCACACUGGCCAAGUGGGCACUAAACUCUACAUGAGCCCUGAACAGCUGUCUGGGAAUUCUUAUUCUCACAAGGUAGACAUAUAUUCCCUCGGCCUGAUUCUUUUUGAGCUUCUCUAUCCAUUCCGCACCCAGAUGGAGAGAGUCAGGACUCUCACAGAGGUCAGAGCCCUGCAGUUUCCUGUUGCUUUUUGUAAGGCCAAUGUCCUGGAAGCUCAGAUGGUGCACUGUAUGCUGUCCCGAUUGCCCGCGGGGCGGCCAGAGGCGUCAGAGAUCACAGAGGCCCCUUUGUUCCAGGAGCUGGAGGUGCCCUGCAGAAUCCGACAACGCACUCGAACGUACAGCGCUUCAUCUGCAGGACGACCGUCGCGACAGAUAUCCUCAUCAAACUAGAACUCCCACUCAAAGACAGACACAUACUGUGCCUCAUCUGCAGGAUGACAAAUGCAACCAGUCACCACCUCUUAGAAUGCACAUCAUUCAGACAAUUUUGUACAGAUAAAGAGCAGAUAAACUGAGCCCAACUAAACAACAGAUCAUUCCACAAACCUCUACAACUGGAACCAAAAACGUCGUAACCAUAAAACAAGCUGCACGCUGUGGCGUUUGUGCCAAGGGCAUUCAGUGAUUUACAAUAAGCCCCCAUUGCAUUUCUUUCAACUCAUAGUUGACCAAUCCCAUGAUUCCAUGCUCCGGAAACAUUUGAACACUCCCACACACACACACUUGCUGUAGGAGGAGAGUUGUUGUUUUUCCAGUGCUAACGAAUGCUGAUGAAUGACCUGCCUUUGAAUGCCGUUCACUCUGCAUGUCUUAAACAGGAAGUUGUGCGACGUGUGCUUUCCUGUCCGAACGGAAAGUUGUAGGAGUUAUUUUUCUCCUCUAAUGUAAAUAGGCUAAAAUAAUAAGCAGGAGAGGCUUUGUGUGUUUUAAAGGUGCUCGUUCAAGACUGAACGCACAAGUUCAGAGGCAUUAUAGCCACUCGCGGUUACAGUGUUAGUGGCUUAGGUGCACAUUACUGGAUGAACGUGAAUCUGCAUAUGACUGAGCGGAUGUGGAAAUAUUCAAACUGCCUUUAAGCUGGACUUUAAGAUAUGAAUGACACGUUUGUGAUGAUGGUCAGUAUGAGACUUAGAACUGAGACUUUAAACAUCAUUCUGUAAAAUACUUCAUGUCAUUAGCACCCAGAAAAGUAGUUUACUGUAUUUCGAAUAAUUUUAAAACACAUUUUUCCUAAAAAAAAAAAAACACUGAAUAAGAAGUGCUUUGACUAAUCACACAAUAAGAAAGGAUACAGCUGGAGGAAUCACUUCAACCAAAUAUUCAGCACACACCCUUAAUUGUAACAUAUCAGGUAAUUACUGAUUGUGUGAUUUUUUUCUUACCAAUUUUGAUCAGAGGGACUCAAUUUUCUUUUGUAUAUGAUGGAAUUUUCUGUAUAGUAACUGCUUUUUAUGACUUUUUUUUUUAAACUUCUAUGGACAAUUUUCCUAAGAAUUGUUGUCAAAGUUUGAGAGAAUGGCGAUAAGAGUGGAUCUUUAUGGUCUCUGGUGAUGGAUUUGAUCUCUGUGGUCGUGUUAAAGAGCACUGGGUGCUUCUGCACCUUCAGGAGCCGCUUCUGUAUGUAUGUGAAUACUGGUGUUUCCUGAACGGGCCUUUAUGCUGCAGAACGGACAUGAGAUUAUGACCUUUGACCCUUAAUCAACAACCCUGUAAUCCACGUCAGGGACCACUUAUGAACCCUUCACCUUUUAACCUGUAUCUGUGACCCCGACCCAGUGAAGAGAGCAACAAGUGCUGAUCCUGUUCGUUUAGAUCACUGUGGCAAAUCCUUCCACCAGAUCUUUCCCUGCCUAAUGAUCUUCUUCAGUCUCUUGAUUUAAAUCGGUUUUAUUCAUGUCUGGUUCAUUGUUGUUAAUGUAGCAUUUGGUUCUGACAAUUCAAUUUCUCCAGUGUUUUUCAGAUGUUUAGUUUUUCCCUGUGACUGUUGAAAUCCCAGUUCAUGUUCUUUAGCCCAGCCUUGUCUCCUGCCGUCUUUGUAAAUAUGUUUAUUUGUUUUUAUUUAUGUUGAGUACAAAAAUCAAUCCGUUGGAUUGGUUGAGGUAUAAAUAAGGUAUAUGAAUGCACUUCAUCCAGUGGAGUGUGUUGAAAUAUUGUGACUUCUUACAAGUCAGAAUUUAAUAAACAUUCUAUGAUGUUUGUAAAAGUGCUUUGUCUUUUUUAUGCGGUCUUAAAAAAAAAAACAAUUCUAAAAUGAAUGCACAAUAUAGACAUGUUAUAUAUAGACAUGCUAUACAUAAAUAAUCUUAAAUUAAAAAUUCUAAA